UUAUGAGUUCAGAAUAGUGGAUAGAUUCAGUUCAAAUUACUUUAUGAAAGCAACAGCAUAAUGGUAUUUCUUUCUGAACUUGCAGUUAUGAUUGUGUAAUUCAGCAACAAUGUACAUAACGUUGAUAAGAAUUAAUCCAGUCCUGUUCAUUGCAACCAAGAAGGCUUUAACAUUUUUGUAAUGAAUUGCAAAAUCUGAAAUGACAAAUAACAAAUAACAAACCAAGGUCUCAAGAUGUUGCUCAUGUUCAAUUUGUUUGGUUGCAGAAAGUGAUAGACAAUAAAGUAUAGUUAAAUAAAUACUAUGCAUUUAUUUAGAUUACACUUCUUAGACUUAAUUUGUGAGAGCCUUCUGUGGCAUAUACCAAACCAUUUAACAAUGAAUAUUUUCUACAAAUUGUCCCAAUAAAAUAUUGCUGAUGGCACGGAAACAUGACCCAUUGUAUCAAAUCCCUAGUUCGUUUUAUCGUUACAAUGACAGACUUUAACGACCGGAAGUUUAACGGAGGGCUGCAUGGAUGGCUACCGAGAGCGUGCGGGCAGGUUCGAUAGUGGUCGGUUGAUGGCCAAUACCAGCAUCAGAAGGUGAUUGCAUAUGGUGCAUAGGCAUAUACAUUGUAUCCAAUUGCACAACGAGUGUGUGAUCACGAUUGUUGACAAACGCUGGGUCACGUGAUCUCAACCCACCAAUCACAUUGUCGCUCUACGGUAGGUUUGAUUUGUUUCACCUUGUGUGCCUAUGUCUAUCUACCAGACUCCCGUAUAGAUGAAACGCAACGUAUCCGCUCUCCGGUGCGACGAAGAUACACUUUACAUAAAAAUCGAUUUGUUUCACAUAGGAGCAGAUGCUGUACUGCCAAAUCUGUAUUGAUAGGUCCUACCAGAAGACAACGGAUUUUUUCUUAAUUAUAGUCGGAAAAUUCUGUUUAAGGCGUGUUGUUAUGAUCAGGCAAUAAAAUAAAGGCGUUUUAUAAUCAUCACCUACCUAAAUUAUACCAGAGAGAGGCUGCCGUUACAAAAGCAUACAGGUUGAAACAGGUAACCGCGUCUUACCUUCUUCAUCUUCAGCAUAAAGCCACAGUAUGGCGACCAGUGCAAAGAGACCGUCCUUGCAGGGCCCGGUGCCCCCUCCUCGGAAGAAGACCAGCCCCAAGCCCGAGCUCACCGAGGAGCUGAAGCAGGAGAUCCGGGAGGCGUUCGAGCUCUUUGACACCGACGGCUCCGGUCACAUCGAUGUCAAGGAGCUCAAGGUUGCCAUGAGAGCACUAGGGUUCGAGCCAAAGAAGGAGGAAAUCAAGAAAAUGACAAGUGACGUGGAUAAGGAAGGCACGGGCAAGAUUUCUUUCAGCGACUUCCUCUCUGUCAUGACACAGAAGAUGGCGGAAAAGGACUCCAAAGAGGAGAUUUUGAAAGCGUUCCGUCUGUUCGAUGAUGACGAGACUGGGAAGAUCUCCUUCAGAAAUCUCAAGAGGGUGGCAAAGGAGCUGGGAGAGAAUCUCACAGAUGAAGAGCUCCAGGAGAUGAUCGACGAAGCGGACCGGGACGGAGAUGGGGAAGUGAACCAGCAGGAAUUCCUGCGGAUCAUGAAGAAGACAAGCCUUUACUGAAUGAAGUGUAUGUCAUGUAUGAGACACAUAGAUACACACACACACACCAAGGUUAUUAUAGUUAAGCAUUUUUAAUUUUUUUUCAUGUAAUUUCCCUUUUUUUAUUUCCAAUUUUAGUUCAGAAUCCAUUUGUUUUUAACGCCAGUUUGCUACUUUAGUUUAGUUUAAAAAUAAAUAAUUGCUUAGUAACAGGUUCCUUUUUUAUUACUUUCAGUAUACGUUUUAUUAUAUUUUUUGUAAUAUGGGGCACUGGUCAGGGGAAAGAUUACAACUUUUCAGAAAACCUAUUGUGUAAUAAAAACUCCACCAUAGCAUUGAAAAUGUAUUAACCUAGGACAGAUGAACAACCAUCCACCAAAGACUGAUUGACAAAGACGAAAUCAAAAUACAUUUUCUCUAUAAAUUAUUUUGUCUAGUUUUGUAAAUACACAAUAGUUUAAUUUAAUUAUGUUUUUUUGUACAGCCUCGUCUUUAUAUUUAUUUUAGUAAACGGAAGUCUUUUUCACACCUUGUGCUCGUUAUUUUGUUAACGAUGGUAACCUUGACCCCCCACCAACACACACAGACACAGGGUUGGUUGGUGCUAUGGAUAGGUAUGAAUGGAUGAACGAGAUUCCCACUGUCUCUACCUACUAUCCAGCGAAACCACAGCCAAGGGAACGGGCUUGGCAGAAUCAGCGGGGAAAGAAGACCCUGUUGAGCUUGACUCACUAGAGGCACUAGAGGAAAGCAGCAGGGGUUGUUGUUUUUGUUUUGAUCUUUGUUAUUUAAUGUAGUUCUGUCUCAAAUACCCCCCCCCCCCCCCCUAUAUUUCUCAGUCACGCCAUAGCCUUUAGGCUACCUUUUUUAAAGAUGCAUUGAGGUUUACAAAGUUAACAGUAUAUUAUGCUAGAAAGAGGUCUAUUAUUUUGAAUUACAGUGAAAGUUUGUGGUCUAACUCCACAUUAUUGCACAUUUUCUGGAAAGACCAUUUGCCAAUAUUUCUACACAAGGCAAUGCAAGACGAACGUGGUUUUGGCAUACCUCCCUAUACCGUAUAAUAAAUCUUGCCUUAUUAUGAUAUAAUAAGCAACAGUAGUUAUAUUUUUAUCAUUUCAUAUGUUUAAGUGGAUGCUCAGAGUGCCUGAUAUCGGUAACCCGACACCUCUUCUUUCAUGCGGACUCGCGCCGGGCUUCCUGUCUUUAAACCAGUCGCUUGAUCGAUUCAUUUAUUUAUCAAUUUGUGGUUUUUACUAGUAAUCAUAUUUUUCCUAUUUAAACCUGCUUAGUGGGAUGUGUUCUCAGUGUGUGUGUUGCAUUGUGAACACUCGGUUUCAGGAUGAUCUAUAUUCGCCGUCUCUCGUAUGUGCUUCUAGGACGCUCUGCUUCAUGGUAUUGCUACCUUUUUGUAAUUGCAUCUGAGCCUGUUCUGGGGUCUCCUCCUGACAAAAUCAGGGAAGUCAUCCAAGUCUCUCCCUCCGAGCCUGGGUGUCUCUCUUCCCAAAACUCAUCACUGAAUUGAGGAUGUUCUCAUUCGAUAUUUGCCAUUCCUUUUUUGUAUAAUUUGUCUUUGUAUCCUUGAAUGUUUUGUAAAAUGUAUAGCAACUGCAGCGGCAGAUAUACAAAUUGAUAUCUAUAUCUAUAAUAUAUAUAUAAAUGUGUGUUUAAAUAAAUAUCUUUAAGCAGUU